AUGCAACGCACCGUGUGGCGGCCACCUGCCCUUGGCACAACGAGCCUUCUCUGCCUCCCUCCUCGCCCUCCCAAUCUCACCCGCCUCCCCUCCUCCGCCCUCUCAUCCCCUCUUAUCCUCAACUUCCUCCCCCUCAGCUGCCCGUGCCUCCACAUCCCCUCCCCUUCUCCACCCCACCUACUCCUAGAAACACCACUGCAUCCCCGCCACCCCCUCGUCCGCCCCCUCCUCCCUCUCUCCAUCCACCUCCACCCCCGGCUCCUCAGCACACCUGUUACCCGCCGCUUUGCCUCCCACCUGUUCACACUCACGUUCGUCUCUUUCCAGCAUCCCCAUCACUACCACUAUCACCAUCACCAGCAACAUAAUCAACCAUCACCAUCCCCAUCACCAUCACCAUCACCAUCACCAUCACCAUCACCAUCACCAUCACCAUCAUCACCAUCACCAUCACCAUCACCAUCCCCAUCCCCACCACCACCACCACACCCACCCAGCAACCCGCAGCCAUGCUUCCAGACC